AUUUUGUAGUAUAUUAAAGUAGGUAAUUUAAAAUUAAUAAAAUAAUUGAUGUCAAAACAUGGGAGCUUGAAGCCGCCUAAGGUAGUAACUGCAAUCCAUUGUUCUGUCCAUAAGCUACAAUGGAUACAGAAUGUGAUCCCGCAUUCCCAGAAGGUAGCUCAGAGAGCGCCUUCAAACUUAAUAAAGAUACCGUCAUCAUAUCGCUAGCACAAUCGCAUAGGUCGGCACGCAGCUCAAAUGUAAUUUAUCGACAGCCACUAGAAACCGAUCGAGGUGACUAUUACGAAGAAUGGUUGCAAAAAUGCGUGGCCUGGAUCGCAUAUUCACAUGGAAUCAAGCGUAUGGACAGCUAUUCGUUAGAAUUGAUGGUGAAUUUUGUAACCCAGGAAAUAAGGCGUAUCGGUCGAAAGGCCGCAAUGCUUAGUCGUGUAAGAGGUUGUGAUACCAGCAAUUUCGUGGAUCUGAUCACUGCAUUGGAAUCUACCAACGGCGAAUUACAUAACAUGAUAUUUAAGGAUAAGGUGGUGUCUGAAGCUAAGCAGUUACCAAAGCAAGUUGUGGCACUGUCACAUAGCUCCCUGAUACAACCAGCAGUUUUAUCACAACCAAGUGCAUUGUAUUUUGAGUGUAUGGUAAAUGCUUCGUCACAUCUUUCGGAGAUUAAUAACAAUACCGAAACUACAGACGCAAACAAUGCAGAAGACUCCGAUAUGGGAUACAACAGCAUGUCUAAGCCACCUCAACAUUUAGUUUCUUCCAUCAAAGAUGAAGGUACUAUAGAUCUUGACUAUUUCCUAACGAGCUCAACUAGGGAUACUUAUUCGCUAAAGUCAGAUGAGGCUUAUCAGAAAAUAGUAGCCUCAAGACCGAUAUUUGCUCAUAAGCACUUUCCGUUGUUACCACCUGCCUUCAAGAUGAAUGAUGGAAAUCAAAAUACAGUGACGUAUCACGUUGAUGCCCAAGCUAGUACGAAUGAACGCCUCGCAAAACAAAAUUUAUUGCUGCAAAUGGAACUACCAUUACUUCACAGGGUGCAAAUACACCCUGAUAUACAGGAAAUGAGAGAAGCCGCAAUAACAAAUGAUGCAUUACCACAAGAGGGGUGA